CCACUCAGACCUGCUUUUGGCUUAAAGGACGAGAGGAAAGUCAGGCAGGUAGGGCGGCUGAAAAAUCUGUGACGUAUGAAUGGGGCCAUGCGCAAACCUUGUGUGACGUCGCUGAGGCCAGUAGAGAAAAACAGCCACUUCUGUCUAAGCCGCCAUUAGAGGACCUGCGUCGGGGCCUUGGGGCAGAGGUAGGUAGGCCAGCUCACCUGAAGAUCUCACCGCAGCCAUGAGCAAUAAGGAAUGCUUCAAGUGUGGACGCUCUGGCCACUGGGCCCGGGGAUGCCCUAAGGGAGGAGGAGCUCGAGGGCGCGGAAGUAGAGGCCGUGGCCGAGGGCCUCAUUGCAGUUCCACCACCCUACCUAUCAUCUGUUACCGCUGCGGUGAGCCUGGUCAUCAUGCUAAGAACUGUGACCUUCAGGAGGACAUCUGCUACAACUGUGGGAAAAGUGGCCACAUCGCCAAAGACUGUAUGGAGCCUAAGCGAGAGAGAGACCAGUGCUGUUACACCUGUGGCCGACCAGGCCAUCUGGCGCGCGACUGUGACCGUCAGGAAGAGCAGAAGUGCUACUCUUGCGGCGAACGUGGCCACAUUCAGAAAGACUGCACCCAAGUCAGGUGUUACCGUUGUGGUGAGACCGGCCAUGUGGCCAUCAACUGCAGCAAGCCAAGCGAAGUCAACUGCUACCGCUGUGGCGAAUCGGGCCAUCUAGCCCGGGAAUGCCCCAUUGAAACUACCACUUAAUUUUUCCCUUUGUCCCUCCCACCUCCUUUUGCUGAUUGAUAAUUGUAGUAUUUUCUCUGAAACUUCUUCUCUGACCAAAGGUUGAUGGACUGAGGCAACUUAAAGACCAGUGAACUUCAAUUACCAUGUUAAAAGAGGAAAGGACUGGGAAAAAACAAAAAAAGUUACUCACUUGUAGAUGUUUUAUAAUUAAUGUGUUUCUGCACCACUGAUGAAUCUGAUCAUUGAACAUCCUGAACAUGAGGCAAUUUCUAGAUUCUUUGGAUGUAUUUUGAUUUAACAUUUAAUUAAGAGCUACCGUGUACCAGCCACUGUUGGAGGAGCUAGAGAUAUAUCAGUGAACAAAUUAAACCAAGUUUGCAAACACAGGCCUAGAAUCUAACAAGUAAUAUAUAUAGUGUGUCAGAUGAAGAUAAAUUGCUAUAGAGAAAAAAAGAAUACCAGGUAAAAGGAUAGAGAGUGUGUAUGGGGGAGGGGGAACAUAUGUUUCUGUCUUAGGUACACAAGGCACCCUGAGGAGGUGACAUUUCCUCAGAGAUUCAUUGCAGAAAUAAAACUGAUUCUAGAAAUGUGUA